AUGAACUCGACGCUCUCCAACAACUCGCCCAGAGUCAGGCGCAAAACCUCCACUAAGAGGCCACGCGCCCCUUCCCAUCUCCCGCCCUUCUCAGAGGCGAGCCACAACAGCGCCUUGGGCGCGAUCAGGACGUACCUUAGGGAUUGCAACUCCUACGACACGUUCCCUGUCAGCUUCAGACUUAUUGUCCUGGACUCCAAGCUGGAGGUGAGGAAAGCAUUGCAGUGCGUUGUGUCUGCCCCACUGUGGAAUAGCGAGAAGUCAUGUUUCGCGGGCAUGUUCACUGUAUCUGACAUCAUCCAUCUCAUCCAAUACUACUACAAUGUGGUGUCUUCAUACGAGAAGGCCGCGCAAGACGUCGAAACCUUCCGCUUGGAAUCUCUCAGAGAUAUUGAGAAAGAGCUUGGAGUAGCAACACCCCCGAUGCUACGCGAGCAUCCAGCGUCGUCUCUGUACGACGCUGCGAAACUGUUGAUCCAGACCCACGCUCGCCGAGUACCUCUGUUAGACAACGACACGGAGACCGAUCACGAAGUCAUCGUGUCCGUAUUGACUCAAUAUCGUCUCCUCAAGUUCAUUUCCAUCAAUUGUCCUAAAGAGAUCCAACAACUGCACCUACCCCUACGCAGGCUGAACAUUGGGACAUACGUUCACGACUCGACACUACCCGCAGAUGAAGUUUCAGAAGGCUACAAUCGGUUCCAUCCUAUUGCCACCGCCACAAUGUCGACCACUGUCUUUGACGUAGUACAUAUGUUCUCCCAACGAGGCAUUUCUGCAGUGCCCAUUGUCGACGAGGAGGGUAUCGUGGUCAAUCUGUAUGAGACCGUUGAUGUCAUUACUUUGGUCAGGCUGGGCGUAUAUCAGUCGUUAGACCUCACGAUAGCGGAAGCUCUCAAUCAACGGUCCCCUGAUUUCCCGGGAGUUGUUAUCUGCACUGCAUCUGAUUCGCUCGGCACGCUUCUACAGCUCAUCAAGAAGCGGAGGGUGCAUCGGUUAGUGGUGGUCGAAGGCGAGAAAGGACGUCUGCUCGGGAUCAUCACGCUAAGCGACGUCUUGCGUUACAUCAUCGGCGAACCCACCAUCGGAGAGGCCAUCGAGUGUCGUAGCGAUUCCCGAAACGAGAAGCGGGAUUCGUUGGAUUCUGACAAGGCAACAAUAUCCGAAGUCGACAAGCGCAAUCCAGCUGACGGGCAGAAGCCAUCCUCGUGCGGGGAAGAGACGCCCACUUCCGCAGUCAAGGAAGAUGCGACGCGGGUCGAAGGCGAGCAGCCAUCAGCACCUGCAGAAGAAGCUGCACAGAUCAUUGUAGAGGACGAGAAGCGUCCGUCAGCAGCAGAAGAGAAACCAUCUGACGCAGCAGAAGGCGAACAGGCUUCUGCCCCCUGA